UCUAGGGUUUGUUUCUUUUCGUCGUUGCUGUUCGGCUUCGUUGCUUCGCAGGCUGGUCUGGCUGGAGGUGUAGAGAGUGCACGCGUCGCUUCUGCGGCUCCUUCGUGGCUGUUCGACUAAGCUCCUUCGACUUCGACGACUUUGCCUUCCUGUCGGAUCGGAAGUUAAAGACAUUUUGAUCGGAAGCAAUAACGGGAGCUCGCUGGUUGUGAAGUUAACUUCCUCCCUUUCGCGCGCUUCUUCGGCCAAAUCCCGUAAAUCUGCCGAACCGAGGGAUUUAGUAAAUCCCGGAUUUAUGCCGUAAAUCCUUAAAUCCCGCUCUAAACCCGAUACCAAACAGCCCAGGGAGAUGUCGAAGACUUUGGUUCAGCCCAUCGGACAGAAGAGGCUGACGAACGUUGCCAUCGUCCGCCUCAAGAAACAUGGCAAGCGGUUCGAGAUCGCCUGCUAUAAGAACAAGGUUCUUUCAUGGCGAUCUGGAGUAGAAAAAGAUUUGGAUGAAGUAUUGCAGUCGCAUACCGUUUAUUCAAAUGUUUCAAAAGGAAUCCUCGCAAAAUCGAAGGAGUUAUAUGAAGCUUUUAAAACUACUGAUCAAUCAGUCAUAUGCAAAGAGAUUUUGGAGAAGGGAGAGCUUCAAGUUGCUGGUAAGGAGAGGGAAUCGCAACUAUCGAGCCAGUUUAGGGAUAUUGCAACAAUUGUGAUGCAGAAGACCAUAAAUCCUGAAACACAACGUCCUUACACUAUCAGCAUGAUUGAACGGCUGAUGCAUGAAAUACAUUUUGCCAUUGAUCCUCAUAAUAGUUCUAAGAAACAGGCUUUGGAAGUUAUUAAAGAGCUCCAGGAACAUUUUCCAAUAAAAAGAGCUCCUAUGAGAUUGCGGCUUAUUGUACCAGAAAGACACCUUUCUACUCUAAUGGAAAAGCUUGGUGGCUGGAAUGCGAAUGUAGUCUUAAAAGAUGCAUCAGGUGGAAUGCCAACCGUUGUCUGUGAAAUAGACCCAGGACAUUUUCGAGAUUGCGAUGCUUUGAUUCGGGGCUUUCAAGGGAAGCUGGAAAUACUAGCCGUCUCUGUAUUUCUAGAAGGGGAUUCCAAUGUCUACCAGCAAUAUGACAAUACAAAAGACGCUGAAUCAAGUUCUGUCCAAGAGACUGAAUCUGUAGUCGAUCUGCGAGAGAAAAUUAUGAGCAAUAAUAUCUCAACUGAAAACAAAAGCGGUGAAGAACAAGUCAAGCAGAACAAAUGCAGCACUUGUGAUACCAUUGUGGGAGACGUUAAACAGUACAGAGAGCACUUUAAAAGUGACUGGCACAAACAUAAUUUGAGGAGGAGGACAAGACAGCUUCCUCCUUUAAGUGCAGAGGAAUGCUUGGCUGAGAUGGAAUUGAAUGAAGUGAAUGUUGAUCGUAAGGAUUACUCUUUCUAAGGUGAGUUUGAACUGUGUUAUUUAGCACAAGCAUUGAUUUCUUUAUGUUAAUACGAGAGCUAAUAUAUUAUGGUGAUGUUUUAGGUUUCGUUUUGGACGGCUUUCUUACUACUUCUUAAAGCAGUUUUUUAGUACAAAAAGCUGUUUUAGAAAGUCGUCCCAAAUGAAGCUUAAAUGAUAAACGCAGUUUCUGAAAGUUGGGAUAAUUGGUUUUGCAAGCUUCUUUAUCUGUGAUUUUGGUUUCUUUCAGCAGUCAGCACAUUGAAAUGUUGAAUGGUUUGUAGUAUUACUGAUACGUUUUUGUUUC